AUGGACUCGACCGAGGACUACAAGAAGAAGACGCGCGAGUCGUUUGGUGUUUUUUCUUGGGCGACAAAAGCCGUUGCGGUCGGUCAUCCGUCGACAGCAGUCUUGGGUGCCGUUUUGCUCGUUUGCUGUCGUAAAGUGUUUGUUCGAAAGAGAAGGUGUUCUUUUCAGGUUCACAAGAAGGCGUUUGUUUCAGAAGAGAGUGUCUGGGUGAAAAAUCCGCACGGAAGGUGUACGACACAGUUCAACAAGGGUACAGUGACACAAAUUAAUAGUCCACACUCCGUCUCUGUUGAUGGAAUACAGCGCCACAUAAAAGAUGUGCGUCCAACGUGCGGGAAGGAUUAUUCCGUCAGCAACCACGUUAGUUCUUCUUCUGAUGAUGAUGAUGAUGAAACCCCGAUGAUUAAAAAAAAGAAAGGAAGAAAUAUUCUUAAUCAAGUCUUUUCUUUUUCUUUCUUCUUUGUUCAUUUGUCAGUUUCCUUCUUUCCUUUCUUCCUUCAUUUCCUCCCCUCCUUCCUUCCUUCCUUCCCAAAACCAAAUGCAAUGCCUCUGAUAUAUCUUUUCUUCCCUUCUGUGGGCAGGUGA